AAUCAGUGACGUUUAUGACUGCAGACGAGAGUCAUCAACUACUGGCAUUCGAUUAUAACAUCCAUCUGGUACAGUCACGACUGCCUAUCAUACUAGCUGCCUUGGCGUUAUUGCGUGAUUUUUUCGGUGGCUAUGAUACAAAAUGUUACCCACCACCCGAAUACGUAUCCAACAGUGAGAUUGUUCAGUACUUCAACUCUUACUGUAUUUACGAGGAAGAGGAUAGUUUAAUCGGUUACCAUGAAUUCAUACCUUUCACAUUCAUCAUACAAGCUGUUUUAACACAAAUCCCUAUAUUCCUGUGGAUAGCCUGUGGUGGCAAAAAAAUAUCAAUGUUAGCGAAGUGGUUUUCCAAGUCUUGCCGGGAGUUGUGUUUGGAAACGGAAGCGCCGAAUCAGACAGACAACAAAUCGAGUACGAGUAGUAAGGAUUGGCCAUCAAUCAAUCAAUCGAAAGCUCAGUCGCUAAUACAGAGCUACAUAAACGAAUGGAGUGCCUAUUACUGGUACGUGGUGAUCUAUUUCAGCCUUAAAGGGCUACUCUUGAUGUUCAUUUCCUUAUCGUUUGCUUAUCACUGUGUACUUCUCGUCCAUACCAUAGAACCAGAGUUUCUUAACGACGAAUUCCUUUGUGAGAUCAAGCACUUGAAUGUGACGAUAGACUGUGUAAAACCGUACGAAAUAUUCAACCAGCUUCUGAUAAUCAUUGAUCUUCUAGUGUGUCUAACGAUUCCAUUAAUAUUACUGAUUUUCCGGGAUGUGGUUUUGUUUAUACGUAUGUGGCGUGGACUUAUCGACAACAUCGCCGAGUUUAUACCCUACCUGGAAAUUCCAGAACGAACCAAAAGGCUGAAUAAUACACAUUUACUUACAUUGUACUACAAAGAAAACAUUGAACCGGAUGAUAAAUAUGUCCAGAAGAUAUUAAUUCCAAGUUUACAAAAAAAGUCUACAAAAGUUUGUAGAGCAUCUCCGGACCCUCGCCCCAAACCAAAAUAUAAAGCCUAAACGAGUUUAUAACUGUCGUGUUAAUGAGUAGGCCAUUACGUAUGUAAAUGUGAAUUUGAUCAAAAUGACUGGAAGGGGAUACCGGCAGAAUCUUCAAACUUUUAUUAUACAUAAAUAAGAAAAUCGCGCUCAUUUUUUAUCAUGACGCCGUUCAUGGGAUUACAAUUUUUUACAAAUAGAUAGUACAGUAACAAUCAAUAUGGUUUGCGCAAAAUAACUACCAAUAAUGAUGAUAUGAUUGGACAUUAUGGUAUAACGACGGAAUUCCUAUUAUAUUUCUUAACAUACUUAGGCCAAUGUAGGCCUAUUAGUUACUUCAAAAAUAUGAUGCUAACGGUUCUGUACUGCAUUGAUUAC